GGCCACGACGGCGCGGGCACUUCGGCGAGGUGUGGCGCGCGACAGCGGCGCGCGCGGCGGCGUCCGACGCCGAGACCGACGACGCGACCGACGACGCGACCGCGACGCGGUACGUCCUGAAGCGCAUCCUCGUCGAGCGCGGGGAGGACGUCCGCCUGAGCGGCCGACGCGAGGCGCACUUUGGCGAGGCGAUUCGAGCGGCGACGCGCUCCGCGGAGGGUCGAGCGCACCCCGGCGCGGGGCACGUCGCGCGGUACGAGUCCACGUUCGAGAUCAGAGGCGGCGACGGCGGCGACGCGGCGGAGGACGAGCUCUGGCUCGUGUUCCGCGACGAGGGCGACGCGCUGUCGUCGCUGAUGUACGCGGACGGCGACGACGACGACGACGACGGCGACGGCGACGACGACGAAAAAGUCUUCUCCGCGUCUUCUCUCCGCGUCGUGCGCCCAUCGCGGUGGUGGCUCGACCGCCGCGCGUCGCCGCGCGGGCGCCGGCGGCUGCGCGAGCUCAUCAGGCAGACGAUCGCCGCGUGCGCGCUGACGCACGCGCUCGGCGUCGGGCAUCGAGACGUGAAGCCGAGCAACUUGCUCGUGUCGUCGUCGUCCGGCGGCGGCGACGGAUCCCCCGUCGACCGAGAGGAGACGCUUCGGCUCGCGGACUUUGGCUCCGCGGUCGACGCGCGGUCGCUCCGUGAGCUGUACGGCGACGACGGCCCCACCGCGGCGCAGCAGACGCCGGAGUACGCGCCGCCGGAGAGUCUGUUCGACGGCAUCCCGCUGCAUCACGGGACGUCGUCGUCGUCCGUCGCCGCGUACGACAUGUGGUCCGUGGGGGUUCUGUCCCUCGAGGUUCUCGCGUUAGGGACGCCGAAGGUGUUCGCGUCCGUCGGCCGUCGCACGCGCUCGGAGGUGGAGCGUCGGCUCCGCGGCGCGAGCGCGGAGACGAAAGAGAUCGCCGUGCGUCUCCGCGCGAUGCUCGAACUGUGCGUGUUCCCACCCGAGCGCGGCGUCGCGGUGAUGCUGUCCUGGGAGUGCACCGAGGACGCGCUGACGCGGACGAUCGCGGCGCGCGACCCUCUCGGCUUGGGGUUGCCGAGCGCGUGGGCGCUGCGUCUGAUUCGGCGGCUGCUGUCGUGGGAUCCGGGCGACCGACCGAGCGCGGAGGAGGCGCUGACGCACGCGUUCUUUCGCGACGACGACAGCGGCGACGCGAUCGGGCGGGGGUACGCGUGCGCGGAGACGGGCGCGGAGUUUGAGUUCAGGCGCGAGUGCGAGGAGCACUGCGGCCGCGCGUGCGAUUGA